AUGACUGAGCAGGGUCUGCUCAGCAAAAGAAAGCCCACUCCAGAUUUUCAGAGACACCUCAACGCAGAAAACUAUUACGAGGAACAGAUUAAACUGGACCAGAGGACUGGAGAGGUGAGAGAAGGACGGCUGCAGGGUCCCCUCCGUGGGCUCGUCCCUGCAGGGACCCAGCUGGCCAAGGAGGCAGGUCAGGCCAUCCCCUGCUGCACCCUGCACCCCAGGGCUGCGUCUGGAGGUCUGGGCACCACAUCUGAGGCCGAUGGCUCCUGGAGAUCAGGCAUCUGGCAACCACGCCGGAUAGAGUGGAAGGAGCGAGUAAGGGUGUUUCAGCGGGAGGAACAGGCGGUGUGGAACCGGCGGGAGGCUGCACAGAAGUGGGUGAUGGAGGUGCUCCGUUUCCAACUCAGUCUUCUGAUAAGCAGCCCGCAGACCCUCGCCACGCUGAUGUUCUCCGUGCCCCGGCUCCCCCACCAGCAAGGUGACGGCACGGCUGUACCAGUAGAACACCCAGAGCCCACGUCAGUCCUGGGGUCUCUCAAGCUCUGA